UAGGAGAAGGCAGACAGAGGGGUGAAUGUGGACAGGAAACCAGAGAGAUCUAGAAUACAUGACAGAUCAGAGGGAUCGUGCUUGGACUACCAUCAGCUCACUUUAGCUCUUACUGUUUUUUAUUUAUUGAAGUGAUUUGCUACUGUUACCCACAGGAGAGGCAUCUAACACCUGUACCUUGGAGACAAGACCAUUUAACUUGAUUUCCACUUGUGCAUUGAGUGUAGUUCUGUGUAAAAACGGACUCCUCUGAGAAGAAACAUGGAUUAAAGCAUCAAGUGAGACUAAAGUUGCUAUUUUCCUGCCACUUCGCAGACAGUCUCAUAAAAAGGGGUCCUAUUCCUCUGCAGGUGCCACAUUAGCAUAGAGAUAGAGAUAUACAGAGGUCAGAAGCACAGUGAAGUAGAACGCAGUUUCCCAGAGUGUUGUCUUGCUAGAAGGCUAAAAUCCAUGAGUUGAAUAACUUUUUGGAGUGAAGAGGCUGAAAGUCGGUCCUGAGUCUCCUGGAGUCACACAGCUGGGAGGAGAACGUUUCAAACAGGUGAGUGUCACACCAAAGGUGGAAAGCAACUAAGUACAUUUGUAAAAGUUUUUAAUGGAGGAAACACGACCCUGGAAACAAAAUGCCAGUACAGAGAAAUGAUCUGACGUUUCCACUUUCAUCCGCUCUCUGCAAGCCCUCCUUCCGUCCCUCCAUCAUGGCAGAGCCUUCUCCCGGCUGGUGGAAGCUGACUUUCCUAAGAAGAAAGAAAUCCCACCCAAAGGUCCUGUAUGAGAUCCCUGCAGAGUUUUCAUCUCACUCCCCCACUGCUCAGCACGGAUCUGGCUCAGUCACAGCGGUCUUGCCCGAGGACACACUGCACGACUCUCAGUUGGACGCCCGGCUGGAGAGGAUCAUGGAUAAAACCACGGCCAGCAAGGGGCGCCACGUCAAGGUGUCUCACUCCGGGAGGUUCAAGGAGAAGAAGAAAGUUCGAGCCACUCUGGCAGAGAACCCAGAGAUGUUUCCAGGAGGAGACCCCGCCAGGGAUGAAAACCAGAGGGCCGGGAAGUGAAAGGACACACACAUUAAAGUUUACUGGCGUUUGGGUAUAGCCUCCCUCGUUGUUGGAACUUGAUGCAGCCUGAAAUGGGGGAAGCUCUGGGCAUUAAUAUCUUAUUUGGAGGACAGAAUGACCAGUAAUAUCUUAUUAAAAGUAAGUUGAAUCCAGACUGUUUGAGGGAGAAUGUUCAGGCUUUUUUGGAUUAAAGAAGUUUGAUAUUUUCCUAUUCACUUCAAUACCAAACCAGUCUCCCAAGAACUGCAUUAUGAGGCCUGCUGUCAGCUGACGCCCAAAUUGGGGAUUGCAGGCAUUGAUCCAGGACAAUGCACAGGAUCUACUAGACUGCAGGAAAGCCACAAUGACUGGACCUUAAAGGCUUCAUUCAAGAAUCUUUACAGAAAUGUGCCUCCAACUUCAGAAAUACCCUUUGGAAGGGCUAACUGAAAUUUACAGGAAAACCAAGUUUAUCUACCUUUAAACAAUACAUAAAUAAAUAUUAACCUGAAGAUAUCAAAAUGACAAGGUAAACUCACUUGACUCAUUUAUCAAAUUAAAUAUCCUCAAUUAAACAAUCUGAGUACUUAAAGUCUUGUACUAUCACUUGUCAUAAUGUUGAUUUAUGGAGUCAUGCUGUUUGAGUUGUUGAAUCAUCAUUGAACAAGCACUUUAUGAGCGUCUCCAAAAAGACACUGGGUAAUUUGAGCACUAGUUUAAAGUUGUAGUCCACUUCCUGGAUUUAUAUAUAGAAUUAGCAGGUUUACGUAGCCAUGUCUGUCUCUAUAGUUUUACUUUGUAACAGGCUUUAAAUCUUCUAAAACCUACUUAGACACUUUUGAUACUUGAGUGAUUGUUGUUUCCUCUGUAUUUUUAAACCAUCUGUUAUUUUAGCUGUUAUUUUCUUUUAUCCAGGCAAAUUCUGCACAUGUUUUUGCCAGUGAAGGCCAGGAGAGGGCAUCAUCGCUUCACAUUCAACAGAUGUCUGUGCUUUAAACACUCCUCCAUUAAGGGUUUCUCUCAAUCUCUAUGAUUGAACCUCACAUCCAAUCAGUAGUUAGCCUGCUGUCUGUCUCUAAAGAUCACUUACAAAUUCCAGGACUCAUUUUAGCUGUUGAUCAAUGCUCCAACAUUCAGUAUAGGCACAGAAAUAUUUUUUGGUCGGAAAUAAAUGUCUAAUUUUCAGUAAA